ACUACCGGGGGGUGGACAGUUUUCUAGCACGAACUUUACAAUUGACAGGCAUUUCUUUCGCAGAGUGUUUGAGUCAACCAGCCCGACAGAUCUAACCGUUUAUUUUUCUUUUAUUAUUAUUUUUUAUUAACGUGCCUCGUGCGCUUUUACGCCGACAGAGAUGGAGAGGAAAAACGGAAUUAACGGAAGUUCUGUGCAAGAGUUCCCGCUUUCCACAACUACUGCUAAAGUUAUAGCCAAAGAUAAACCAAAAACGUGCAGAGCAAAGUUCUUGGUGUUUUUAAAAAGGAAUUUACUGGUGAUACUGACAGUGUCUGGGGUCUUGGUGGGCGCCGGACUCGGAAUGCUGCUGAAGAAUAUGAACCUAACCAGGGCACAGAUGAGUUACUUCGCCUUUCCUGGAGAGAUGCUGCUGAGGAUGCUGAAAAUGGUCAUGCUUCCCUUGAUCGUUUGCAGCCUGAUCUCCGGGGCAGCUAGCCUGGACACCCGGUCCUUGGGCAAGCUGGGAGGAAUUGCCGUGUCGUACUUUUUGGUGACCACCCUCAUCGCCUCGGCCAUCGCCGUGUGCCUCGGCCUAAUGAUCAAACCGGGAGUCGGCGCGGGGGCGCUGAACACCAAUACCCUGGGCUUGGAAAAAAUUACCACGAACAAACAAACAGCGGACUCGCUUUUAGACCUCACCAGGAACCUGUUUCCAGCGAACCUCGUCUCUGCGGCCUUUCGUUCGUACGCCACAGAGUACAAGAACAUCACCGUGGGAAAUGUCACCAGUGGAAACUUCACCUACGAGAUGGUCCCCGUCGGCACGGAGACGGAAGGCGUGAACAUCCUGGGCCUGGUGCUGUUUGCCGUGCUGUUCGGCGUGGCCCUGCGGAAGCUCGGCCCGGAGGGGGAGGGGCUCAUCAGCUUCUUCAACGCCUUCAACGAAGCCACCAUGGUGAUCAUCACCUGGAUCAUGUGGUACGUGCCCAUCGGCAUCAUGUUCCUGGUGGGCAGUAAGAUCCUGGAGAUGGCUGACGUGGUCCUGCUGGUCACCAGUUUGGGGAAGUACAUCAUGGCCUCCAUCUUGGGACACUUCAUCCAUGGGGGGAUCGUCCUCCCCCUCAUCUACCUGCUGGCCACCCGUAAGAACCCCUUCAGCUUCCUGUCUGGUCUCAUCACCGCCUUCGCCACCGCCUUCGCCACCUGCUCCAGCUCGGCCACGCUCCCCUCCCUGAUGAGGUGCGUGGAGGAGAACAACGGCGUGGACAAGCGCAUCAGCCGCUUCAUCCUGCCCAUCGGCGCCACGGUCAACAUGGACGGGGCCGCCAUCUUCCAGUGCAUGGCCGCCGUCUUCAUCGCCCAGCUCAACAACGUGGAGCUCAGCGGCGGACAGAUCAUCACCAUACUCGUUACUGCCACAGCGUCCAGCGUCGGGGCAGCUGGGAUACCUGUGGGAGGAAUCAUCACCAUCGCCAUUAUCCUGGAGGCCAUCGGCCUGCCCACCAACGACAUGUCACUCAUGCUGGCCGUGGACUGGAUCGUGGACCGCACGACCACGAUCGUGAACGUGGAGGGGGACGCGCUGGGGGCUGGGAUCCUCCACCACAUCAACCAGCAGGACCUGAAGAAGCAGAGGCAGCUGCAGGGGAAGGAGGACGAGGAGCUGGCGGAGGUGCGGGUGGAGGUGGUGGCAAACGCCCGGGCGGGGGAGGAGACUUCGCCCCUCGUCGCCCACGUCAACCCCAACCCCGGCCAGGCCUGCGACGGCCCCCCGGACGGCAUCGAGGAGACGGACACGACGGAGAGCGCGCUCUGAUCCGAGAACAACACCGGACACAACGGCACAAACUGACCACAACACACAGAAGCAACACCACGGCCGGCUGAACACCACGGUCUUCACCUCGUUAGCUUUACACCUGCUCACAGCUCAAGUUUUGGGAAAAGUGAGCCCUAUUAUAGUUUUAUAAUUGCAUUUGCCAAACAGUCUAAACCUGACUGAGUGGAAUUUAGCCCAAAUGAAAAAAGGUUUGUCCCUAUGGGAAUAAUGAGUUUUUUUUUUUUUUUUUAAAGAGGGGACAGUCCCUAGCACUAA